GCAGUAACUGCAUAAAUUUUACAGCUAGUAACUCUGGCUUGCAGUUUGAAUCAUGUAAUCGCAUUUAAUACUUCGAGGAGUCUACUUCAAAGCGUAAUGACGGACGUAAGACAUAAUAGGGGGCAUUCGCGAAAGUUAAAAAUUGGAGUUGGUGGACAACCGGUGGUAAGCGCGAUGAAAUUGUCACUUCACCCACUGUUCUUUUACUGCAUACACGGUCAAGUAAACUUUGAUUGUUUUAUUUUACGCAGCAAAGUUGGCAAAAUGAAAUCGAACUCCAGCCCACAAGUUCUCUGGGAAAGGUCACUUCUGCUCAGAAUACAGACUCGAACUUAGUUGAUGGAAUGCGCCAUCCCGUUGCACAAGGAACGGCUUCGAAGCAAGCGUUCACUACCGUUAACACACGAGCGAGGAAAGAAGCCGCGGCUUUUCCGGUGUUCCAUUCCAAAAAUGCCCCGAUGAAAGUCUCUGUAACUGGAGAAUGGGCUCUUAAGGAGUGCGAGGUACUUAACUAUAACUUUAUUUAAAGUUCAUUAUGUCUGUUUAAAUAUUCCUGGUGAAUACAAUAAAAGAUUACAAUCAGUUUACAAAUUGAUGUAGUAUUGGAAGUUGUAGCUCACAGUCGGGCUGCUGUUUGGUUUCAGGUCAGUAACUAUGCGCCCUCUGUGAAGGCUUUUAGCGUUUGAAAUGUCGUUUCUAAGAUAACUUUUCGUUCAGCAAUCGUAGCGUUAUUCUUUUUGUUUUAUUCAAAGGAUUUCACGUCUUGGGCUAAUCAUUUACUCAAGAGAGGAAAACGCAGAACCAUUUCCGACAUCCGACGCUCGAUUGGUGAUGGGCAAACUUUAGUUCACAUUCUGGAAAUUUUAGGUGAGCAAAAUCAUUCUCGUUAUUUCUUUAAAAAUCAUUGUUUGUCCUACUACAUAUUUUUUGGUCUUUCAUUAAAACAAAACCAAACAAAGAGAAUAUCGCUUUCACGAUACGAAGUAUCGACCGUCUGCGUUCGUACGGAUAUCUAUUGCAAUUUUUUAUAUUACGCUUGCGGUUUGAUAGAUCUGUUUUGGUUCACGCAACCACUCGUUAUUUGUAAACUAGAGCAGAUUUUAUUGUCUUUCCGUUUGUUCAAAGUUGUUAUUUUACCUGCGGGGUUACAUUUGUGUAGAAAAAUUUUAUCAUUUGAUGAAAAUGGAAUAAUAAUUAAUGAUAAUAGUGAUUGUUCUCAAUACUUUUAAGCAAAAUCACGCAAUUGACAAUUGUUCAGUUUGACAAAAGCACCCUGCACUUGUAGGUGAUAAACAAAACUCUUCGAAAAUCAUUCCCAGCUUGUGCUAUCUGAUCUCAUCCUACAUUAAUUGUAGCAUUUCUUUUUUUGAGGAAUCAUCAACUCACUUAAUUGUCUAUUCUGGUAUAUUAGAGGUGAUAAUUUUUAUGGCUUUCUGUUUUUCGUUUCUAAAUACACUUGUUUAAUAUCAUGAAGUCCCAUGGCUAUAGAUGUGAAUUAAUGAAUAAAAUACUAAGAUACUAAGAUUGUAAAGCACAGUUUAAGUCAGAAAAUUAUUAGUCUGUGUCCGUCUCAUCUCUCAAUCCAGCAUUUCUAUUGGCCAGGAUGUUAAAAUACAUAUUAGAGAAUGUGGGAUAAAAACUUGUCGUGGUCGGACAACAUCUAUCCUGAGUUGAAUGUGUUGACCAGACAGAAUACCCAAAGCUAUCCUUUGAAUUAGUACUAGUUAAAAGAAAGAAAAAAAAGCAAAAAAGAUUAAAAGCUAACCAAAGAUAAUGUAUGACCGUCGAGUGACAUAUCCCUGUACAUGUAUUUGCCUUUUAAAACUGGGUGUAUUUUGUAUGACUUCAAACAGGUAGAAUUGCCUUCCUGGCCAUACCUUGUUGUAAACAUAAGUAUCCAAUCCCAAUCCCAUUUUUCCCAUAAGGUUGGUAGUUACUCGGGUAAUUGGCCAACAAACUUGGACUCCACUUUAGAGGGACUUUCUAUUCACAAUGAUGCCCUGUUCUAGAUGUGAGUUGGAGAGUUUGAAAAUGUUAUUCCCAAUUUUGGGAAAUAAAACUUAUUAAAAUGUAUGGGCACCUUGAUUUACCCUAUAUAUCGGGCUGCAGCUUCUCAAAUGAUUGGAAACAGCUACAUUUUUGUAUCAAGUGGAUAAAAUAAUAGAGGAUAUUACAUGGCUGCUCUGAGAAACAAAAUUUCUUUUCAAAGGUUGAAAAAUAAUUCACAAGAGAGCGCAGAGAACAACUGAAAUAUUUUUUAACACAACAAGAGAAAUGCUGUAUCUCCAAGCAGUCAUGUAAUGUUCUAUUUAUUAUAAUAAUAAACAUCAAUGAAAUGUCAAACUAUUUCACUUUAGUGUUUUCUUUUGCUGUGAAAGGCACAGUUAUUUAUUAUGUAGCCAUUAGCAAUAAUAAUAGUGAUCUCUCACAUGUGAAGAUAACAUGUUAUUUCACCUGUGAAGAUCAUGUUUUUGGGCAAAAGCUCACCUGAUAUUUCAUUGGUCUUUAUAUAAUAAUCAGCAUUAUCCACUUUACAGACAUUGUAUCUAGUGGAUAACAACAACAACAAUAACAUCAACAACAAUUAGAAAUGGAGCUGCGAGUCUAACAAGUGCAAUCCCAGUGGGUGGUACUCUCAGAAGUACAUGUAUUUUAAUUUGCCUGGUUUGUCACUUUAUCUACUUUCAAAUUUCACCUUGUGAACACCUUGCUGGUACAAAUGCCACUGUGAUACGGACAGCUACUGAAUCCCUGGCAACAGUAAAUUACAGGCCUUUGUUUGAACUAAGCUCCUGCUCAAGACUGCAGGGUUGUCAAAAAGUUUUGGCGUAGACAGCUGAGUUGUCAAAGUAAGAGGCCAGUCCAGGGAUUCCAUAAAGAAAUGCCAAGCAGAGUAGCCGGCGGAUACUAACCAAGUUGGUGGCGAUUUUCGCCAGCAGCCAGCUACUUUUAACAACCCUGGACUGUCAUUAAUCAAUUACCCGCAAUAACAGGGCUCGAAAAUAGUACUGUCCAGUAGUCUGAGACAAGCAGAUUUUCUUGCUUGCCCAGUGAGCAAGAAUCCAAUGCAAGUCAUUUUUUAACAAAAUCAUUAAAGAAGACAAGCAAGAAGUGGCCUCAGGCAAACAAAAUUUGAGAGCUGCUUGCCCAAACGAUAUAAGCUUGAAUCCAUUUUUCAUCUAGUCCUGAAAAAAGGGAGUCAGAGGCUUCAGUAGCUUUUUCUAUAAACAGUUGCUUUUGAAAAUGCAGCUAAGAUCAGUAAAGGGGCCGUAAGACCCUUUUCCCUUCAAUCCUACUAGACUGCAGUAAUUAAGAGGCCCUAUUGACAACUGGUGGUAGACUGCCAAUAGUCUGUACAUGUAGUUGUUAGCUUGGUAUAGUACAUGUAGUGAACAGUUAAAUGUACAUGUAGGAGGAAGGUGUUUAACUGCAGGAUGAUUUAUAAAUAUUAGGACUUAGUUUGAACAUAAUAAUAGACAACUUUGUGCUAAACUAACCAAAGGAGAUGGGUUGGACAUGUGUAAAAUGAGUGUGUGAUACCGCAAAAUUGGAUUGGGUCUUCAGGGUUGUUUGCAAGAGCCAGCAGCUGGUGAAGACAGCCUGCUACACUGCAAGGUUUUCCUCGCUACCUUCACAAGAUGAUGUUUAUUGCUUAUUGAACCAAAAUAUUGCUCUCUGGAGCAGCCUGCAUAUAAAUUAUUUUGAUUCAGUUUGCAUAGGGGUCAUUAAAAACAAUAUGUUCUUCCAAUUUAGUCACAUAUGAUAAUACCAUGCAGUAAUGUUCACCCUAUUGUCGUGGCAAGUGGAGAUCAGAAGCCAGCUUUACAUUUUUUUAACAAAGUGUAACUUGAACUGCAUUUGAUAAUAUUAAGACAGUUAAGUUAGUGGACCUCCAGAAAAAUUGACAUAUUGAACCAAAUUUGGGUUCUUUUAAGUGGUAUUUUCAAGAGUCGCUAAGUAGUUUCGCAGCUUGAAUUGUGUUUGUCCAAUCAGCAAUAUAGUGAUCUGUGAUUUGGUCAUCAGUGUUAUAUUCUGGUCAUUGCUGACGACCCUUAACUCUACUUAAAAAACCAGUUCAAAAAGUUAAAGCAUCAAGGAAAUGAUAACAACACUCAAGGUCACUAAUUUGAAUUUUGACACAGCUUCUUUUGCCUGGAAUCAUCUCAGAGUCAUUGUCAUUAAUGUAAAGUUUCAUCAGCAAUUUUUUUGAUGACUGGAUUUGAAAUUUGUGGGAGAUUAAACUGUUCUCUAAUCACUAUUAGGUGAAAACAACUCAUUUCGUACAUAUCAUUGUUAAUGAAAGUAAAAAAGUAUAUUAUCAUGCAAAUUACAUUGAACUGAAUUUAAAGAAUGUGCCAUCCUUUUGUUGUAGCCUUCAUCCUUUAAUUACAUGUAACUUUGACAAAGAAAAUGGUGAGUUUAAGGAUUUAAAGCCAAAUCUUGCUGACUGACCUCUUCCUGCACAAAAAAUGCAAUAACUAAUUUGGCAUACUUUAUUUAGAUGCAAAAAAAAGCUUGCAGCAUUUUUGAGUUAUUGAAACCUUUGUAUAUUUGUUUACAAGUCUUUCUUUCAUCAGACCUUUGUCUCUUGGUAAUAUCCGUUAUGAGUGUAAUUUAUAACUCAGGCCGUCACUUUAUCCUCUUUGUCUAUAAACAUUGUAAUAUCCUGUCUAUUAUUAUGAAAUGCUUAUUGGCAUUGUAUAAAUCCUGCUAUGAUUGUCAUGGCGGGCCUUUCCAUUACAAUACGGCUCAAGGUGUUAUAAAACUUUUAUGAUGAACACCCCUUUGUUGACAGUGAAUAUGCACAUUCUGAUUUGAAAAUAUCGAUGAUGAAGAAAUGGCCAACAUGUGAGCUGAGGCAAAUACUAGAGCAGUUUAAAAAUGUCAUUAUACCAGGAUCAUGCUUAAAUGGCAGAAAAAAAGAAGUAAAUAUGAAAAUUGUGGCAGCUUUAUUUAGAAAUGAUGUUAGCAUUUCUGGAUGUAACAUAAUCCUUGUUUGUUGACAUGAUUGUACUGUUUCAUGCGUUAGGGCAGUCUUUCUAUAUAAACCCUGCAGUGCUUUGUAUAUUAUUCUUUUGUGAAGUUAUAUAUACCGUUCCUGAAGACAGCAAUGUUACACCACUCUGAAUUUUUAAACUCUGCAACUUCAUAGAACUUUAACGUAUUUCAGUUCCAAGGGGUGCACUGUAACAUUACUGUUGUUUGUGUUCAUGUACACAAUUUCUUCUUAAAUUCUGCGAAACUUGAAGUUUAAAAUGCUUUCUUUAAACAGAAGUCAUUUUUAAGGCUACUUUGUAUACAAUUAGCUACAGAGCUAGUGUAAAAUUCGAAUUGCCAUGCUUAUCACUUGUAUCUUCAUUUGCAAUUGGCUCAGUGAAACUUGAUGUUACAUGAAAACUGUUAUAAUGUUAUGGUGUUUUUAACUGUUAAUGAUAUACAUAUCUGUGCAAUUAUUAUAUAAUAAUAAAAUGUCUGCAUUUUUUCCAAACAAGUUUAGCUUAUUAACCUACCAUGAUUUAAUGGAACUUAGGUUUACUCAAAUUAUGUGUACACGUUGUGACAUUAGCGUGUCUACAGCUGUCAUUGCUCUUGGCAGAGAUUGAGGCAUUUGUAACAUAUGAAAUGAUGUUUUACUCAUUUCAGCUGGUCAAAAAAUCCCAGGGGUUUAUGCACGCCCAGUGACCAGGGCUCAAAAGUUGGAGAAUCUUCAGUUAUGCAUGAGUUUUAUGGGAAACAGAAAUAUAGACCUGCAGGGCAUCUAUGUUGGAGGCAAGUGUGUAGUACAUGUUUUCUUUAAUUUUCUGAUUCCUUGAUCUGUGAUACCCUGUAUGAUGACUUCACAAGGAUCAAGUUGACACAGUGUAGAGAACUAAUCCUGGUAACUGAGACUCUUAAAACCCAGGGAAGUAAAAACGGGUAGUAUUUAAAGUCCAUCCAAACAUAACUGUUGUAGAAAAUGAAAGAUCAAGGUGAAAACAUUCAUUAGUUCAUAAAGCCAUGUAAAGGCAUGGUGAAUAGUAAAAUCAGAGACUUGUUUGAACGUCAGGGACUUUGCAAGAAAAAUUAAAGAUUUUGAGAUAGAAAGACUGACUAACAAGGAUUGGAAAAUAACGUCCUGACUAGCCAGAAGACCUAUCCUGUUCUGUAGUGUAAUCUCUGUGUGCAUUUAUUUCCUUAGAUCUCAUUGAUGGCAAUGUGAAGUCUGUUUUGAGUCUGUGCAGGAAUGUUAAGUCACAGUUUAAGGUAAAAUAAAAUCUACAUAAUGUAUGAAAGGUUGUUUUUGUUUCUCAUUACUGAGUUGGCUCCCAACCUUUUUUGAGGGCUUUACUUCAUACCACUUGGCUAAUUUACAUGUACUGACAGGUUGCAAAGAAAGUCAGUUUUACAGCUUGCCAUUGAGGCAAGCUGUACCUGGCAUGUACUAGCCCAAAAGUCAUUUCAACUAGCCUCAAAAUCGUUUUGAUGAUGAGGAUUGAUUACACAGUUCUUAUGUAAUUUGAAUUCCUCAGAAAAAGUCACUUGCCUGGUGGGCAAGUUAAGAGCAGAAUUUGCUAGCCUGAUAGCAAAAUCCACUAGUCCCGGGCUAUCAGACACGACUUUCUUUGCACGCUUACUGAUGUGAUGUCUUACUAGUUAAGAGACUGAGAUCUCAAUCUCCGUGGUCCUGAGGCUAGUUUAACAAAUAUUUCUGAUAAUAAUAUUAAUAAUUGUUUGAUUUACUUAUGUAUGCCUUAAACACAUCGCAGGGUGAAGGAUGGGUAUCUCCUGAUGGGCCUCGACCCAGCUCAUCUGGCUCAAACAAGGAAGGAUCAGUACCAUAUCUACCUUCAACUAAUGGUAGGUAACUUCUUUUGCACAAUUGUGAUUAUAUUCAUCAGACAUCUUUUUAAGUAGUCCCCGUUUUGAGCAAUUAAGUCCCCUUAGAUCUGUCCGAAAAGUUUGUAAAUUAAUGCAGAUCUUGAAUGUUCUGCGCUGUUGGUUUUCCUUUCUUUCUCGUUUUAUUAAAAGCAUUUUACCAAGUAUUUUGAAGCGACUGUAUGGUUACAUGUGAGUUUAGGUAAAGAUGCAACUUACACAUCUGUGCUUACAUGAUUGAAUCUUGCUGGUAUAGGCUAUCCUCCAUUUAGAAAAAGCAAGAUUACUGGUUUCUCCCUUCCUGAUGGUAUGAUUGUUCAUGUAAGAAUCACCCCCACCGUAAUGCAAUGCACUCUCUUAGAAACAUCCCCGGCUGGGGUGGGGAAGGGGAGCUUUGAAUGCUUUUUUCCGUCCUUUCUUUAGAUGGGAGAUGUUUGCUUAUUAGAGUGGGGAAGCUUACAUAAAACUGGAGAAGCAUUCCUGGGUAGAAAAUGGUAUUAUUGAAGAACUGAAACUUGUUAGUCACACCACCGGGGUCAACGUCCCCUACGCUUUUCGAACAGUGGUGUGGGUUCUUUAACGUCCCACAAGAACCGGAUAAGUGAAAGUGCGACCUUCUGCUCAACCGGCCGGCACUCUCCCAAUUGAGCUAACAAGGCGGUGGCUGUUGCUUCCAAGAGCUUCAGUUUUUAAUUUUUAAUUGGCUCUUUACAGGUUAUGAUGUUGACCCACGCACCCACGGCAGUAGCUCAGGGUACCAUUCAGAUGAGGCCUCACCAACGACUCAGAAAAAUGAACCAUCUCCUAUCCAUGACUUCCGCAUGCCAGGAAUGCUUGAAGGCCAGGAAAGUCCAAUUCUGUCACGAAAACCAGUACAGCCUUCGGAUGUUAUCAUUACGGUAUAUAAAAAAUUUAAUUUUUCCGAACGGUGUCAGCAAGCAAAAAAAAGUAGCCUAAAUUUGGAUUUCAUUACGAAAUGGAAUAUUCUUUGAUUUUUUGCAUACUGUAAAAAAUCUCCAGUAAGAAUUUGCUGUUCAUCUUCUAUCACUGUCUUCAAAUUAAUUUCUUAAGCGUACAGCAGGGCCAAACCGGUCACAUUAUAAACUCCAACGUAAAAAUAUUUCUCAACAAAUUCACCUUGGUUAUAAAUACGGCCGGUUGAAGCAGUUAUGCAUGUCAAAGGACAGACAAGUGACAUAAGAAAGUUACUGUUUUAGAUAUUCCUUUUCUUACUUAGAGUGUCUGUGAAAAUGGCACAUUGUUCUUUUGUAAAAUGCUCGUUUUCUUCACAAAGUCAGCAGCGUAAAAAACAAACAAACAAACAAACGAACAAAAUUCAGCCCUAAAGUAAAAAUGAGAAAAGCCCAGCCCACCUCGUUGCUUUGUGCCAAAUUCUUAUGACUCGCUACUGGUCGUAUUUAAGGGUUUCCACGGUGUAUUGCAAAUUUCACUAAGGUUAACAUCCUCUUCUAUGUAAACUGUAAUAUUUAAAGUAUUGUUUUAUAGACCCGAACAGAAUUGGACAAGCGAGGAGUCCUUCAAACAGCCCGGAAUCUCUCACCGUCACAGGUGAGUUUCUAGAGACCUUUAAGGUGAUGUUACACGAGUACGAUUCGCAACGACGAUUUUUAGCGCAACACAGCGGUGCAACAUUGUUGCGACAUUGUUUCGAAUAGUUACCACAUUGUUUCAACAUUGCAACGCUGUGUCGCGCUAAAAAUCGUCGUUGCGAAUUAUCCUGUGUAACAUCACCUUUAGGUUCUAAAAGGGGGACGAUUAAGAUGACGAGAUUUUCUCACUACUAUUUAGUGCGAGCUUUUGCAACGACGACGGCGACGGCGGCGGAAACGUCACUUUUAAAAUGAAUUCGCGUUUUUCAAACUUUGUCGCGUUUAUUCUAAUUCGUUGAAAAUGUCAAAUGUAGGCGAAUUUCCCUGGAGUUGAUUUCUUUGGGACCGCACUCAAGUUUAGAAAGAGAAGGAAAGAAUUCGUUGUCGCUUGUUUACGUCCUUCAUAAAACGUCCUAGUCGUGCAGUGACGGCAAAGAAAUGUACAAAAAAGUGUGAUGCACGUGCAAAGUUAUUCUUUUACGAAUUAAAUUAACCUACUGCAUUUUUGCUGUUCUCGUUGCCGUCGCCUUUGUCGUUGCAAAAGCUCCCUAGUUUGGCGGGAAAACGUGGUAACCGUCGUCAUUGUACAGUGAGUUUACGGGUGAAAAUGUAGUGACGGAAACAAGUUAUCAAAUGUUAGAAGUGUAAUCAUUCGGGAGAAGGCUUAACUUCUUCAAUAAAAAUAAAUGUGUUAAAAAAUGAACGGUUUGGAGAGGUGGUGCUCUACAUUAAUGAAAACUGAAAAUUGUUUCUUUUUAGAUGCGUGCUAAUGGGGCGAUCCCACUUGAAGACAGGCUGAGGUCAUUGUUGAGUAGUCCAAAUCCUGGAGGGCUUCCUGGCGAGGUGAUUGUGUAAAAAUCAUGAUAGCAGUUGAUAAAAAAAUGUGCAAUUAAGAUUUUUCUAAAAAAGGUCAGUAUUAGGGGCCAGAGAAUGAUUAUUAGAUUGUAGAACGUAUGACUUUCGGUUUCUUGUAAGUUCUUGUACGCUAUAACGAACGUUAUUCUUCCCCGAGUAAUAGUAAAGGACAAGUAUAUGAAAAAGAACUUUUACUUAAAAUAAUGAAACCGCAAUGAUGUAAUGAUUCCCAGUCUCUUGGCCUUUCCUUAUAUCGAGGUUCAGUGUACUGUUCAUAUCCACAGAGUAAAGUAGCUGGAAAGUAAGGUGUAAUGAACAGGGAGCUUAAGCAACAACGACGGCAACGGCUAAAGAAAGGUCUCUUAAAAAGAGAAGUCGCGCUCCAGGCUUCAAACUGUGUCGUGUUUAUUCCAUCUCGUUCACUUCGGCAAAUAAUGAAGAAUUUUUCUAGAGUUGAAUUCUAAAGGACUGUAUCGAAGGUCAAGACAAGAAAAAGAAGAUUGUGUUGUUGUUUGCGUUCACGUCCUCCACAAAACAUGAAAAUGGGAAGUUUCACGUUGUGAUCGUACAGCGACGGCAAAGAAACGUGCAGAGUUGGUGUUUUGCUAAUUUAAGGGCCUGUUUACAUGGCGGUGGGGGACCCUAGGUACGUGAGGUAACCCGCUUAGGUGGGGUGAAAAAAUAACCCUCCUUUACAUGUAAUCUUACAACCCCGCCAUCCCGGGGUGCACAUUUUCAAGAUCAUUGAAUGGUCGCUAAGCGCGUAAACAAGAAAAAUACUGGCAAACCUCGUGUUUUGGCGAUUAAUGCUCCUCUACACUCACGUGCUGCUCUUGCUGCAACCUUCAGUGCUGUGGCUUUCGAUUGCUACCUUUAAUAAUGAUGCAAAGUCACCGCCAAAAUGAAUUUUGCGCGAGUUUGAUAUAUUUCAAAUCCGACCCCGGCUGGGCGGGUUACCCCACCUUGAAACGUUUACAUGGCAAAAUUUGACCCCGGCCGAGAGGUUUACCCGGUUUGGCAGACCGGGCUACCCGCCUAGGCGGGUCAUCCCACCUAUCAUGUAAACGUGAUCCAAGUAAAAUGAGGGAUUAUAUGGCAGGCGGGUUACCCCACCCAAGUGGGUUGCCUCACCUACCUGGGGUCCUCCACCUCCAUGUAAACGGGCCCUAAACCUAUUGCCUUCUUGGCGUUGUCGUUCUCGUCGCCGUCGUCGUUACUGAAGUUCCCUAUUAUCUCAGUGUAAAUUUAGUGAUAAUAAGGAUUUGCUUGAUACACUUAUUUUUACUUCAAACAGGAAACGGAGGAGGAAAUGUUGAUUCCCCCGCCACCAAAACUGCAGCCAUUUCGCGAUGAAGAUGAUGUUGAAAGACGACUGCAGUCUUUGCUGGAUGUUGCCGAGGAAGACCAGCCGGGUAUGGAAUCAAAGCCGAAGGACCUCAGUAGCAUGAAGGAGCUGGACAGGAUUGGAUAUGUGGUAUGUUGUUUGUUAAGGAGGCGUCGACAUGGCUUUCUAGUUCAUUUCGUUAAUAAGAAGUAGCCAAGGUAAUAUACCACGAAGCACGAUGUCAAAGUUAAAGCAAUAGGUUUUCAACCUUGUUAACACGGGUCCGCACAAACUUUUGAACGGACCAAAACUUACUUACACUGAUCCGCCUUUCGUUUACACAAGACCCGCGGAGCCGUGCAAGUUUUUGAACUGCAAAGUGUGCAAGUUUUUCUGAAGUAGGUCAAAAUGUUUGACCCGUAUGGUUCCCCUUUUGCGUGAACUAUGCAAAUUUUUGACACAGUUUCAGCGCAGGUAAAGCGUGGACUUAGUGGAGCCCAAUGACACACCUUUGAUUUAAAAAAAAAAACCUUACAGUGCUGACGCCGGGAAAAAUUUGUACGGACUCGUGUAAAAAAAUAAAAUAAAAUAAGAAUACGUAUUUUUACUCGUGUUUCAAUUCGUCAGUUUGAAAUUUUCGUUUAAUUUGUCCAUCCGUUCCUUUUGUGGUAUUUUUUAGCCUGCGGAGCUGGUGGGAUUAGCGCUACUGCUGUAGUUUUUGGCGGCAGAGACGCCCAAGAAUCCCGCCAGCUGAGCAGGCUAGGUAUUUUUGUGUGUUUUUUAUACUUCUUGAAAUGUUUCGAGCGGUUUGAAAUGUUUUUGUGAUUUACCCAAUUUGUUGACAGUUCCCCCUGUUUAAAUUUGAUAAAUUUCGCAGCUCAGCUCCUUAAGGGUUUUGGUACAUGUCCAAAGCAAGUUUGAAAUAGAGAAAUGUUUUGAAUACCAGCAUUUCCACGAGAGAAUUUCACUUUUUAAAGAAGUAGAGUAUUUUGUGAUGUAUUUAUGAUUUUCUCAGCCAAGUCACCCUUCACAAAAGAUGCGAAAUGUUCAGAAGGGGCGCGGUCAAGCCAGAACGAGCAGUUUCACAGGGAAUGCAAAGCCCGCAAGGUAAUAUUUAUUUUCAUUUACUAGUAUUUAUAAUUAUAGGUGUGUUGUUUGGUAUGGUGCAUUAUUUAAGGAACUGAGAUCGAUUUAAAAAUAGAAGGGAAUGAAAUAAAUAAGGGAAUUAUUGAAUAUAUAAAUAAAGAAGGAAAGAAAUAAAGAAAUAGAUGACGAUUUAUUGGUCGCACAUCCACAGUGUGGUUUUUCGUCUACGAUUCCAUGCGUCUAAGCAACAUACCUGCAUAAGUAAGCAAUAUACCGUAUGGAAUAUUUUCUACUAAAUUAUUUCUAAAUUGCACUUUUCUUUAUUUUGUUUCAUUUUUUGUGAUGUCUGUGCCCUCAAAAUGCAUUGCUUGCAUUUUGUUGUGACAUCUGAAGAUCGGAAGCACAGGUUCUUAGCCCCUUCGUAAAAGUUGGCUGAUACCAGACCUCGGAUUUCCGUAGCAUUUUUUGUAGAAAGGAAAUAAAACGUGGUAAAUGUCAAGCUCAUUAAUGCUUUGAGGUUCUUAGUCGAAGAAAAACGCUGUUUUCUGCACUUGAUUCGAACCACACAAUUUACGGGAACUGAUUUGACCUUCCAACCACCAAGCCACAUGGGAGUUCUUAGCGAAUUUACUCACUAUCCACUUUACUUCGCUAUUUAUGAGAUGUGUCGUACAUGCUAUCACUGCGUGUUGUGUCUUGUACUGUUUAUUUCGGUAAGAAAUAAUUCGAAUGAAAGCUGCACUAUGUUUUUGUUUGGAGAGUAAGACUGA